AUGUCCAACCCCAGCCCUCAACACCAAGACGCUGCUGACCGAGCAAUUUGCUACUUGGUCGAGAGAAAGAAUUUGGCCCUCAGGCUGGGAGGUGGCGAUGAUUUUGAAGUGGCAAGCGACUCAUCAUUUGCUGACAACUCGACCGACCGGAAAAGCUCGCAGGCCUACGCCAUGAAGCUGUUUGGAGGUCUCAUCGGGUGGCGGGAGUCAAUAUACAUGAGCAGGCUGAUCGACGAGCUGGGUGUCAAGCUGGAUGCCUCACACAUUCGGAUUCAAUGCGACAAUAACCAAACAAUCCGGCUCGUCAACGCAGAGAUCGCAGCGCUGAAGACAAAGCUUCGUCACGUCAACAUCCACAACCAUUGGCUUCGUCAAGAAGUAGCCAACGGCACGAUCGAAGUCACGUAUACACCCAGCGCCGAGCUGAUGGCCGAUGGUUUGACAAAGGCGCUCCAAGGACCUCACUUUGAAGCAUUCGUCAAGCAAAUGGGCCUCGAAGACGUCACCAGCCUCCUCGCCGGCCGGUCGCUCCCCGAAACAGAUGACGAAGAACUCCAAGAACAGAUAUAUGAGGUGUGGCACAAGGAAGAUAAGGAAUGA